AUGAACGACAAUAUCAUCGUUAAGAGGAACUUGACUAAUGACUUCAGAAAGGCUCUUCGUUUAUGCAAUGUCGGCGAAAGCGAUGAGUGUGUUUCCCUGGGACGGAAUAUCCUGGAUGAUGCUACAUGUCCGUUAUACUAUCGCAUGAAAACUAUGAUCCUACUCGAAAGCGUUAUCACGGAUUGGAAUGAUGCAAACGAGUGUCGCGCUGAUGCAGAGAUGUGGUUGGUGGCUACACGUAGACCCUUCCCCGAGAUCUUCAGCGUGGUAGCCGAUGAGCAGCUUCACGACAUUCGCAAAGAUUUGGAUAUUCUCACUGAGGGACUGGACAACGAGGAGCUGAGAGCGCUUGAAGAGGCAAGGAGAGUGGAGCAGCAGGAGGCUAUUGAUGAUGCUGAAGAUUUUGAGGAGGCCGAUGAUCCCAACAUCACUGAGGCUGUCGACGCUGAUUAUACCUGCCGUCGUUGUCGAGAUGCCCGCCGAGCCUCCAGUCGAUGA